UACUUUGGUGGAACCCCUGGCGCACAUCUGGCCGCUGCUUUGAGUUCAGAUGACGCUGCGCCUCUCAGCAGGCAAAUAAUCAGGAAAGUUGCGGCUGAAAUUUGAACGACGGCAGUUUCAAAUGUCAAAAUAUCUGGUGAGACGAAGAAAAGGGCUGCUAAAUGGCUGGGAUCUCAGGGAACGGGAAGCUUCGCCAGUGGCUGAUUGAGCAGGUGGACGGGGGGAAAUAUCCCGGGUUGGUGUGGGAGGACCGCGAGAAGAGCACUUUCCGGAUUCCAUGGAAACACGCCGGCAAGCAGGAUUAUAACCGUGAGGAGGACGCAGCGCUCUUCAAGGCUUGGGCGCUGUUUAAGGGCAAAUACCGCGAGGGCAUCGAUAAACCGGACCCGCCGACCUGGAAAACGCGGCUCCGCUGCGCGCUCAACAAGAGCAACGACUUCGAGGAGCUGGUGGAGAAGAGUCAGCUGGACACCUCCGAGCCGUAUAAAGUCUACAGGGUCAUUCCCGAGGGCACUAAGAGAGUGACAUGUGAGAGGACUUCCACAAUGACAAGUCCUCACAGCUUCUCACUGUAUUCGACAUACACACCUCUGCAGAAUCAAGUUUCCAACUUCUUGGCUCCAAGUGAAAAAGGAUGGAGAGAUUUGUCAGAGCAAGCUCCAUUUCCAGAUUUCUACUAUCCCUACAGUUCAAACUCAUACACUGCACCCUGGGACCCAGUAGGUUACCAGAUCAGCAACUCCUUCUACAACUGCAGUGGCUUUGAUCCUUCACCAUCUACCUUCAACUUGGACCAAAGCAUGAGAUCUGUGGCUUUCUCCGAUCCCAGACUGCAGGUGUCGGUGUACAGCGGGGAUUCCCUGAUCAGAGAGACGACCGUGUUCAGCACCGAAGGCUGUAGGUUGGCUCCUUAUGAUGAGAACCCAAAUUACGGAGGCCCUGAACUGGUGCAACUGCCUCAGGGUGAGGGUACUGAACUGGAGCAUGGCGUAUUGGUCUGGAUGGCUCACGAUGGCCUGUAUGCCCGGCGGCUCUGCAAUGCCAGGGUGUAUUGGGAGCCAAUGCCCACCAGCACCUCUUUAAAACCUAACAAACUGGAGAGGAACCAGACCAGCAAACUUGUGGACAUCCAGCAGUUUAUCACAGAUUUACAAGGCUACUAUCUCCAGGCACGUUUUCCUCCUUGUUUCCAAGUUCUGCUGUAUUUUGAGCAAAGCCACGACAUCCAUGGUCACAGGAGGCCCAUAUCAGUGCAGGUGGAGCCACUUUUUGCUCGCCAGCUGUUCAUCCUGAGUCAGCAGAGCCACAUGAGGGCUCCAGAUAACGCACCAGCAACGUGGGAGCAGCAGAACUACUACACAGGGAGCUCCCAUCAGCAGGAAAACCUGCAGGACUAAAUCCCAUGCGAGUGAGGAGGCGACAACAUGGAGACAGGGAGACUGAGAUGAGCAUGAAAAGUAUUUUGAGAAAGACAUUUAUUUUUCCUUUAUUACUCUCGUAUUUCUGUAGCAGGAUUAUGGUAGUGAUGUGGUAUUUUGUGAACUUAAGCAUUUUUAUUAUAUAUAUAUAUUUUGUAUUUUUUAUUUUUAUUGCUGCACUGAUUAAAAAAAACUUAUACAUGUCAAGUCCACAGAAAUUAAAUAAAUAUUGUGGCUUGAAAAGAUUUAUUUCCUUCUAAAUUAUUUGAUAAGAAAAUAUGAAGAAAAAAACAGCUGCCUUGAAAGAAAUUUCUUUUGACUGAAUAUUAAAGUCAGUUUUACUGUAAAUGUAAUGAACCACUGAUACCAAUCUUAUUUUUUUUUUACUUUUUUUUUUAAAUGACCUUAGAAGCAUUUCUUUGCCACUUGCAGCUGAAAAAAUAAAUUGAGGCAUGUUAA